AUGUCUCAAACAACUCGAGCAGCUGCGAAGCUCGACUGGAGCAAGAUCGGAUCUCAAUUGGGCCUCAAAGGUCAGACAGCUAGCUCGCUGUCCGCCUUCAAACAGCGAAACGACAACGCAAGGCGCAGAGUCCAAGAACUCCAGAGCCAGCCACAAACUGUCGAUUUCGAACACUACCGAAGCGUGCUGAAGAACCAGGACGUCAUCAAGGAGAUUGAGCAAUAUUACAAGACAUUCCAGCCCAAGACCUAUGAUGUGAGCAAGCAGAUCAAGGCCAUUGAAAGCUUUGAACAGGUAGCCCUCAAGAACGCAGAGGAGACCAAAUCCAAGGUCCAGGUUGAGCUCCGCAGUCUCGAGAAGGCUCUCGGCGACAUUGAAGGUGCCCGUCCAUGGGAGGAGACAACUGUUGAUGAGCUUGCCGAAGCAGCUCCAGAAAUCGACAAAUACACCGAGGAGUUGGUCAAGAAGGGUAGAUGGAUGCCGCCUGGAUAUGAGGACAAAUUCCCAAGACUUUCCGUCUUGUAA